UGUGACAGUCUCUCAUUGGCUAGGCUGUUGCCUGGGGACGAGGAGAACCUUUCUUCCUUCUGCUGAGUUAGUAAAGCAGUAGCUAAAAUAGUAUGGAUUUGCAAGAUUCAUCUCUUCUGCUGGGUCUGCAUUUGACCACCAGUGGUAGGGUGCUCCCCGUCUGUACUCCUGGCUCCAUUUUAAUGAGGUUUCUCUUUGUGAAUUUUUACAAAAUAAGUGGUAAGAUAAUCAUAUAGUAUGCUAAAGGAAAUAAUAAAAGAAUCUGUAUAAGAUACAGAGGUAGGUGCGCCUGGGUGGCUUAGUUGGUUAAGUGUCUGGCUCUUGAUUUCGGCUCAGGUUAUGAUCUCACACGGUUUGUGGGUUUGAGCCCUGCAUUGGGUUCCCACAAACCACGCCCCCCAACCACCCAACCGCACCACCCCUGCUCCACAACAGCUCAGAGCCUGCUUGGGAUUUUCUCUCCCUCUCUCUCUGCCCCUUCCCUGAUUGCACUCUCUCCCUCUCUCAAAAUAGAUAAUAAAAUAAACUUUUAAAAAACCUUAAUAAAAAAAAGAUACAGAGCUAGAGGUAAUGAUUAACUUCCAGUAGUAUCAGUAUUGAAAAUCAACAGGAUAGUCUUUCAAAUGAGUUGAAAACCCCUAUCUGGUUUCCCUCUGAGCCUCCUUUUUAUUCACACUUUAGUUUUCUGGUUAGCCCCAGAAUUUCUUGGUUGUGUCCUGCCUUCAGUGCUUACAUAAUUUUCUCUCUGGAAGUUUUUGCUCUCCACAAGAAGCUAACUUUGGUUUGCUUUGAAAAUUCAAGAUUCCUUAAAAGGUUAUCUGAGAGCCUUCUUGAUCUCCAUCAUGCUAAUCUUUCCGUUGCUCACAUUAGUACUUUUUGCACUUUACUGAAAUUAUUUUUGGUUUGCCAUUUCCUUUAAAUUGUAUAUUAUUUGAAGAUAGAAACUGUGUUUUAAUUCUUUCAGCGCUAAUGAAAAUAAAAUAUUUACAUGAAAAAAUUUUUUUAGUGUAGUGUGCUUAACCGCAUAUGUGUUGUGGGAUUGUUGAGUGUAAUGGUCAAGAAAGAAUUCUUGAGACAUUUUAUGGUGCAACUUAGUAAGUUUAUUUAAGUAGCAUGGGGUCAGGACCUGUGGGCAGAAAGGGCUGCACUUUUGCUGUAUGAAGCUGGUGUUAUAUGCUUAGUGCUCAGGGGGGCUGAGGACAUGCAAGGAGUAUUAGAUCAUAAAUGUUUUGAGUUUCUACUUGUAAAACUACUUUCACAAGAUUUUUCUGGUGUUUAUUAUUCAGUUUGAUAUUAACUAUUGGUGAGAUAUACAGGCAGUCAUGAGACCCUUUCAGAAUGUAGCAACCAGUGGGUGGUGCUGCCCUCCUGCCCCACAGCCACCUGCUGCUUGGCCACAUCCGCACCUGCGCAGUGCUCAGAAUGGCUGGCAAAGCACAGAGGCUAAGUGAUGAGGAGAGGAACCAGCUGCUGCCAAACCUGAGAGCUCUAGGGUGGAACAGGCUGGAAGGCAGAGAUGCUAUCUUCAAGCAGUUCCAUUUCAAAGACUUCAUUUGGGCCUUUGGCUUCAUGAUGAGGGUGGCCCUGCAGGCUCAGAAACUAGACCACCAUCCCGAAUGGUUUAACAUGUACAGUAAGGCCCACAUCACCCUGAGCACCCGUGAAUGUGCAGGCCUUUUAGAAUGGGACAUAAACCUGGCCAGCUUCAUUGAACAAUUAGCAGUGUCCAUGACAUAGGCCCUGCCCUUCUUCUUUGAAAUCUUUGGGGGAAGUGGAGGGACUGAUUUGGGAAUCCAGGGAGGGAACUGGGGAGCCCUGAGAUGUUCUACAGCCAGAAUUGCCAAGUGGACUCCGCUGCCUCUGUUUAGGGGAGAGUCCUUGCUGUGGUAAGAGGAGAUGCCAGCCUCACUGCUGACCACUCUUUAUCCCCAGCGCUCUGGCACAUGUAUGCUAAUCGAGUACUAUCUUCCCCUUCUGUGGGACUUCCCAACAACAGUAAUGGUCUUCUUGCCAGGCUGUGUCUUGCUCCUUUUCUAAUUCAUUUCCCAAGAAGCUGUGUCUAAGAUGCACAGUCUUAUCUUAGAAACCAGGACCCUAAAGUCAACCCCCUGGUAUGUGACAGAAACACGUGUGCUUUUAUGUCUCAAAUAAAACUAUUGUUUCAAUUGGGGGAAAAAAAAAGAAUGUAGCAACCAGUGCUUACUUGAUCCUUAUCUAAACCAUGCAGGCCUUCUGGGUUAAAAGUGAAUGUUUUUCUUUUCUGUUUCUAUCACUAUCACUCUUUGGGCCUAAAUAUAUAAAAAACUGUAAUUUUUAAAUGUUUGGAAGCAUUAUUUUCCUUUAAAAAUCUGGGGUUUGGGUCAUUUGUUCCACUUAACUCUGUUAUAUACUUUUAUAAAUUUUAUUUUUUAAGGAUCUUAUUUUUAAGUAAUUUCUAUACCCAACAUGGGGCUUGAACUCACAACCCCAAGAUUCAGAGUUGCAUGCUCUACUGACUGAGCCAGCCUGGCACAGCACCCCCACAUGCCUUUUUUUCUCUAAAAUUUAUUUUAAGUGCAUUUGUACUGAACAUGUACGUGAAAGUUUUGUUAUAUCUUUGAAAAAUACUAAUAUAACUAAUAAAGUUACUAAUACAGGGGUGUCUGGGUGGCUCAGUUGGUUAAGCAAACGACUCUUGAUCUCAGCUCAGACCUUGAUCUCAGGGUUGUGAAUUCAAGCUCCACAUUGGGCUCCACCCUGGAUGUGAAGCCUACUUAGAAAAUGAAUGAGUGAAUGAAUGAAUAAGUGAAUGAAUGAAUGAAUGAAUAAAUAAAUAAUAAGAUAACUAAUAUAAACUCUUAACAGCUUUUUUUCCUGGAGGCUGUAACUUUAGUAAACUCUUAGUCUAUUUCCUAUUUUUUAGUUACUAUAAAUUAUAAUUUCAAAAUUAUAAAAUUCACCCUUUUUUGGUUCCAUGUUCCUUUUUGGUUCAUGGUCCUUAUGAAAGACCAAAGUGAUUUAUAAAUAUAUAGAAAGCAAAAGUUCCCCACAUAUGUUUUCCAACAUUUUCUUUAAAGAGUAUUUGAUAUAGACAAAAGAAUAUGUAUCAUGUUUUGAAGCAUACCAAUGAAACUAAACCUCAUGAACCUAUCACCCAAUUGAAGAAAUGUGAUAUUAUUAAUAGCUUCAAGACUCCUUUCAUACUCUGCCUAGAGUCAUUCUCCCAAAUCCUCCACAGAAGUAACCAUACUCUUGAAUAUAGGUUUGGUAUUUUUUUUUUAACAUAAUUCAUUUUCUUUAUAAUUUAAUUGUGAUUAUGUAUUCCUGAACAGUAUGUUUUUUAGUUUUGUUUUUAAACUGUAUAAAAUUAAUACAUUUUUGUAUAUAUCUGUGAUUUAUCCUUGUUGAUACAUAUAGCUAUAGUUCAUUGAUUUUCAUUAUUCAAUAACUAGUAUUCCACUGCAUGAAUAUGUAUCAUUUUAUUUGUUUAUUUUAUUCAUUUAUUUUUUUAACAUUUAUUUUUGAGAGACAGAGCAUGAGUGGGGGAGGGGCAGGAGCAGAGGGGGGACACAGAAUCUGAAGCAGGCUCCAGGCUCUGAGCUGUCAGCAGAGCCCGACACAGGGCUCGAUAUCACGGACCGCGAGAUCAUGACCUGAGCCAAAGUUGGACGCUUAACCAACUGAGCCACCUAAGCGCCCCUAUUUGUUUGUUUGUUUAUAAUUUAUUUAUUUUGAGAGAGAGAGAGAGAAAGGCAGACAGAGAGGGAGAAAGAGAACUCCAAGCAGGUCCCACACUGUCAGCGCAGAGCCCGAUGUGCAGCUCAUUCUCAUUGAACUGAGAGAUCGUGACCUGAGCUGAA